AUGAGUCGACAAAUCGAGCAAGCCCUCUUCUCUUUGAUGCCCACCUACGGAUCAGAUCUCCCACCGUCUCUAGUAGAACUCGCCGAAUCCCUGGUCUCGCAAUCACGAUUCAAAGCUAGCACGCUCAAGGCGGAGGAGGAAGUAGGCAGGCUAUAUGCGUGCGCAAACCUCGCCUGCAACAGGCUCAAGGUCACUCUCGAUCUCCCGCCCAUCCAGGCCCGCCCCCCGAUCCCACCUCGGAUCUACAACCGUCUCUAUACUCAUCUCGACAACAUCAUCCCAGCCCCUUCCUCGACACCUCGACGUGGGAGACCGCGAGCCUCCAACUCCAAGGGCGCUGAUUUAGCUUCCGAAACCAGAAUCCCUUCCCGGGCGACCCCGACAAAGGAACAGAGCCUUGCAAAAUUCCGCACUUCUACCAAAGGCGAUGCCGGCACACCAUCCAAGUCUACGGGGGCUGCCAACUCCCUCACCGGUAGUGCCUUGCCAGUGUGGGUGAAGCCAGUCAUCAGAUUCAUAUGCUCAGAGACAGGGCAGCUAGCCAUUGCGCCUACCAUAGUGGCGGCAAUGGACGCCAUAAUAGCUCCGGGUGGCAGGCGGACAAAGGACGAAUGGGUCAACCAGAACAUUGCACCAAUCCUCAGUGCCAUUUAUUUCUACGUCACCAUUAAAUUAGUAGCCCUAUCUACCGGUCAACCGAUGACUAAGGAGCCAUUCUCAGCUCAGCGGAGAGAGAUUCUCAAGCUGUUGGGUCGGGCCCGCGAAGAGACUACGGUCAAUGCUCCCAGUGGCCAAGAUCCAUGGGCGGAGUGGGAGGAGACCAAACCAAGAGAGUUCAACUCGGCCGUCAACCAAAUGGAGGAACAAGGCUGGCUAGAUAGUGACUGGUUCAAAGGCCUCGAUGAGCUUGUUGGGGCCAAGAGAUGGGACGUAGUCGCCUCGCCUGCUGAGGACGAGGACGACAUGGCCAAGCCAAUACAGAUCCGACGGGCGGAUACCAUGUUCCAGGAAAAGUACGACUACCUCAGCGAGGAGAGAAAGGCAGACUACAAUGUUUGGCAGCACAAGAUGUUACAGAGGAUCACCGACAACAGGACGAAUAGCGGAGCCAUGGAGAUUGAUACCCAAUGA